UCAGCUCUGUACAAAGUACUUCUUUAAGACGCCACCUGUCUCUUGAUAAUGUAUAUGGAUAUUAUAUCAUUAUAGGCCAUCUCUAGCCUUCUAUCCUAUCAAAGUUUCACCAGAUUUACCUCAGCACCAAGCUGCUUCUCACCCACGACUGAUGCCGCUCAACUUCCUCAAAAACCUCUUGCCCUGGGGCGAGAGAGUCAUAUUCAAUCUCCCGCCAUGUCAAAUAGUCGAGAUCGAUACAGCGCAGGAGAAAGCUGCAAGAGCCCUAAAGCACCUCCUCAAACUCAACCAUGCCAAUUAUGCGAUCCUGUGGAAUGAACGCAAAUUUCACAACCAUGCGCCUCACUCAUUAUGCUCGUUUUAUUUGCUUGGAGCCAACGCAGAUGACCUAAAUCGGUUAUAUGAGGCGGAAUUAAAGCCGUUAGAAGCUUGGAUUGAUUCACCUGGUGAGAUUAGCACGUACGAUUGGAGGGAUUAUCUGGGAAAGAGAGAAUACCAAAGAGCGUACGUCGAUUUCUUCGAAGACGAGCUUGUCCGCCACGGCUAUGAUUGGAAGACCGUCGUGUUUCAAUACCUCUUCUCAGGCAAGGAACCUCUUUUCAAUGCUCUGGCCUCUGAUCUUGGCCAUCCUCUCAUCCAUCUCGCCUACGCUUUCGAAGUCUCCAGCCGUGAAGUCGCCAUGGAAGCCCUUUCCCUUGCAACUGUCUGCUACGGCACCGCUCACAAAUACCUCGAUGACCCAUCCUACUCCCAAGCUGAAUCCUCCUAUCAUUCCACGUCCCCCUUUGAGAUCCUCCAGAAAGUCCGCGCUGACAAGCGCCUAAGCAACCUCUUCACAGCGCCUGGAGACCACAAUACGGAAAUCGUCUUCCGCGAUGCGGAAGCAACAAUCCUCGAUCACUGGAAUGCCUGGAAGAUUACGUCCAACAGCGACCCCGUGAAAUCGUUCCGAGAAAGUCAAGAGCUUGCUGUUGCAUUAUUGACAGCCACAUCAAGUUCUGAUAACCGGGACGCGAAAUACGACUUCUUCUUCGUCCACGUCCUCACGACUAGUCAUGCCGUGCGGGUCCUGCUCCCGCUGAUACCAGCGAAAUUCCAGAUCCCCCUCGUGCGGCAGUGGUGGUUAAUGACUCUGGCUGUGUAUAUCGGGCAGCUGAGGCCAGAGAUUAACCUUCACUCUGUGCGGAAGUAUGACACUGAGGGAAAAGGCUGGGGUUAUAUGAAGGACAAGGCUCUCCACGGCGAACAUUCCACCGAGACACAUUAUAUCAAAGCCCUCCGGGUUAUCAGGGAUAUAGCGAGGACCUGGGGUGAUCCGGACGAGUUUUACUUGAAAGCUGCUCUCAAGUUUGCCGACGGGUUUACAGGAUGGGGUGGGUUUGUUUAACCACCUUGUAAAAAAUAAUUUCAUCGUGUGAUUUGCUUUGUAUUAAUAUUGUUGAUUACUAUAUCCCUUGGCUUAAAUAUUCAUCGCUU